AAAUUUGAAAUGGGUCUUGAAUCUUAACAAGUUAUGAAAAAUAAUUUACAGAAAAAAGUAUUGUUUUACUGUAUAGAUAAAGAAAAUUGCAGAACCAGAUCUUCCUGUUUUUGCUUUUCACUUUUUUUACUCUUGUACCCGAUCUUCUUUUUCUCUGGUUUGAAAUUCAAAUUUGGAACCCCAAGCAAGCAUUUCUUGAGCUUGGAUUCUUUCUUGCAGUUGGAGCUUCCAUGGCGGAUUCAACUUGCAUCAUGCAGCACCCUUUCUCUUAUACUUCUGGAUUUCCCAAUGAAUCCAUGGAGGGUAAUCGUCCGACUCAUGGUCUUGCUCAAUCGGUCUCCUUCGGGAGGUUCAUGUCGGAGUCAUUAGAUUGGGAGAAAUGGUCCACGUUUUCCCACAAUCGUUAUGUGGAAGAGGCCGAGAAGUUCGCUCGUCCUGGAUCUGUUGCGCAGAAGAAAGCUUUCUUUGAAGCUCAUUACAAGAACCUUGCUGCUCAGCGAGCUGCUGCUGCUGCUGCGAAAGCCGCCGAAGAAACUGACACAAAACAGAAUGUUGAUGAUGUUGAGCAUCAAGAGGUUGUCGCUGCAACUGAAACUGCACAACAUUUUGCUGCCAAUGACAAUGGCGAUGGCUGCGGCGACCCUUCUGAUCUUAAGGAGGAGAGAACUGAUAGCAGGGAGGUUGAGGGAGGUGGUUCAGCCAUUACCCACCAAGUGAACGAGGGAAUUCGUCGAAAGGUUGAGAAUUUGGAGCAAUCGACCACCAUUAGCAAGAAGAAAGUGGCUGCUUCGUCUUCAAAGCUUCCAUUUUUCAGUAGAUCAUCUGCGAUCCCACCUACUACACCAGCCCAUCCAAUGGCUCCAGCUUCCUCUCUCAACAAUGCCACUCCAAAAAGGAAAUCUACUCCUAAAUCUCUAAGGAUGGCUAACUUUACACCCAUUCGAGAGCUCAACAAGUUAACUUCAACUGUGAUGAGAAAGAUUGAACGUUCAAGAGUUGGGUCCAGUUCUUCAAAACCAGCUAAAGAUUGCUCAACCCCUCUUAGGACCCCGGAUAUGGCAUUGAAGAAUGAGUACCAAAACCAUCCUUCUGCUACUCCCUGCUCAGAAACGAAGAGAAACAAAUUGUACUCGCCAUUUUCAUUCUCCACUUUCAGCUUGAGAACCGAUGAAAGAGCAGCCAGACGAAAGGAGAAACUUGAAGAGAAGUUCAACAAAAAUGAGUCACACAAAAAGGUGCAACUUCAAACAAAACUAAAGGAGAAAGCCGAAACAGAGAUAACGAAAUUACGUCAAAGCUUCUGCUUCAAAGCCAGGCCACUGCCGAGCUUUUACAAGGAGCGAAAAGCACAUAAAAACGAGGAGGUUCCCAAGCCUCAUCCUCCAUCACCAAAACUAGGAAGAAGCUCCAACUCCCAAACUGGAGAAGCUACGAUGGCCCAUUCUUGCCAUAAGCCUCCCGUUAAGAGCAGCAGAAGCAUGAGUAAGAAUGUGCAGGGAAAGGCUCGUUCUACGUCAUUACAAACUUUAAUGUCUGCUCAUGAGAAUAUAUCUCCUAACAUUCAGCAGUGAAAGUCAAGCUGCAGUAGGCUACUCAAUAUUUUUCAGUCCAUUUAUUCAUGAGGUUACCAGAUCUUGACGUCCUAACCACAGUGGAUCCAUUUUGUGGUAUAUCUGUCAAUUUUUAUGUAACAAAGCCUUGUUAAAAAUAUCAGUAUAUGUAGAGAACAAUGAUUUGAUUGCUAUGAAGAUAUCAUUUAUUCAUCAGAA